AUGUCCCACGUUACGUACAACACGGUAUGGGCAAAAGCGCAAGAAUUAUUAACGACAACUUUGCAAAGUGAACCAACCCAAGCCGACAGAAGAGAGCAACGGAAGCUGCUAGCGACCCUCUACCUUCGCUACAUUAUAAUAGCAAAUUACCUCUCAGAAUGCGUGGAUCAAGUGGUCCAACCCCAGAAGCGAAUGCUAAUACGUAAACUACUGGUCGCUACGUUAGGAAGAAUUUUGGAACUGAAAUGUGACCUCGUGGAGGCAGACUUGUGUGAGUGGUCGCAUUGUGGAGACGUUAUCGAAUCUCUUCAUCUCAAUCCGUUAAGCUGCGAUUUAACAAUACCAAGCUGCUUCACGCGAGAACGUAAGGAAGAGUUAGAGUAUAGGAAGAGAACCGUCGAAGACACCCUCAAUAAGCUCGGUUACCUAGAGAAAGUCCAAACCAAGAUUCCCCUCACGGAACAUAAGGCUAUACUAAUUAUACAAACUCACGAACGUGCAAGGCAAGGACGAUUAAGGGCUCAAUUCAUGAAGGAGAUUCGAGGAAUGAAAGAUCGAGGAAAACCCCUCCAGGCGGAUGCGGAAGAAGAGGACGACUCGCAGCGUCUCAGCUUAGUUGCCGCUCUCAGAAUUCAAAAAAUUUGGCGCGGCUACGUCGCUCGCCGACAAACCCGACGGCGCAAACUGCACGAAAUGCUGUUGAUUGGGAUGAUUCCCCCGCAAAAAAAGGAAAGCGAACAUGUCAAUAAAGCGCUAGCGGUCAGAGAAGAUCGCCGCAACCUUCAAGAGGCUCGCGAGUGCGAAUAUCAAUCCGCAAUAGUGGAAAUUCGCGAUAAUAUCGAACGGACGCAGAGGGGUCUAAUAUUGGAACAGUUGGGCGAUCAAGUUCGGACUUGGCUGCGAGAAUAUCACGCACAUACCGGAAAAAUUCCCGAAUAUACUGGCUCUGAGAGGCCGAUUUCAAGAUUAAUGAGCAGUAGACAAGGGACCGACAGCGAGCUUAGCAAAUCCUCCUCUAAAGAAUCCAAAUCGAAAAAGUCACGCAGCCCUAAGAGCAAGGACAGCAAAGACGAAGAGGAAGACGAAACCACUCACAUGAAGGCGAUUAUCUCCGUCUUCGUGCCCGAGUUGACAAUGGCAAAGGAAGAGUAUGACGAAUCUUGGGCGAACAAAAACGAAAGUGCUAACACCAGGCAACACCAUUACGAAGACAUAAUCUACAAUGAGCAAAUGAACUCCAUGGAGAAUGAGCUGCGUAAAAUUGUCGAUGACAUGAUGCGCUCUGAACUGCAACUGUUGCAAGAAGCGUUCGACAAAGAUCGCGGGUACAAAGGAAAAAAGCAAAAGAAAGCCAGUAAAAAGGCACGGAGAGGGGGAAAGAAAGCAAAAAAGAAAAAAGAGAAGGACUUGACUCCUGAUCGCACCACCGAGUCUCUUUUUGAGGAGUUGAUAGCGAACGGCAUCAUCAAAAGGUGCCCGGAAGUGUACUUAAAAGAUUUCAUCGGCGAACGCUCAUACCACACCGCCGUCCCUCACAACAAGGGCAAAGAGAACGACAUCGACCUAGGAGAUUUUCGACAGAUCCUAACCGAAUAUUGCAUUCUACCGUUGUCAUCAGACCAACUGCAUCUAUCAACCCCGCACAUCAAAUCGCUGAUGAUCGCCGGGCCGAAAGGCAGCGGCAAGGACGCCUUGGUGCACGCGAUUUGUACAGAAGCCGGCGCUUUGCUCUUCGAUUUGACACCGGCGAAUAUCGUCGGAAAGUAUCCGGGAAAAUCUGGCCUGACGAUGUUGAUCCACCUAGUUUUAAAGGUGGCCAGACUGCUGCCGCCUGCCGUAAUCUACAUGGAUAACGCGGAAAGGCCGUUCGUCAAGAAGAUUCCUAAAACUGACACGACCGAUCCGAAAAGGUUGAAGAAGGACUUGCCGAAAAUUGUGAAGGGUUUCAGCUCAGAUGAGAGGAUCAUGCUGAUUGGUGUUACGAGUUGUCCUUGGGAGUCUGACCAGAAGUUAUUGCAGCAGGUUUAUCAAAAGUUUCUCUCCAUACCCAGGGCGGGGUAUAACUCCAGGUAUCUUGUAUGGAAAACACUUUUGGGAAAAUUUUCCGCGAUCAGUUGGCAAUUUGAUAUUAGCGGAAUGAGUAGAAUUUCGGAUGGAUUUACUGUUGGUUCGAUCAUGGAAACGGUGCAAGAGGUAAUAACCGUUAAACGAAUGCUGAGGUUGCGUGUGCUACCACUGAGUCCCUUAGAGUUGAUUAACGUGCUGUGUAAGAAGACUCCGGUUUAUCGAGAGGAAGAUGAGGCGUUUGAACUGUGGUGGUCUAAAACGCCGUUAGCCAAAAGGAGAUCUCAAGCUGUUGAGGCGUAUUUGGAGGAGCAAGCCGAACUUCAAGCAAAACAAGCAAGCGCCAAGAAAAAUAAGUGA